AUGGGAACUCCACGUUCGCCGGCGACAGAUUUCUUCGGAAUUUCGAAAACAGCAUGCAAAGCAUACAAAUCCCUCGUCACCAAAUUGCAUCCUCUUUCUUCUCAUCGCAAAUCCGAAUCCCACUCCGACGCCGAUUCCGCGAUCAACGGGAGAUAUCUUGAGGAGAAAUUCGCGGAGGAGGAUGAUCUGAUCGCUGCUCGGAGAGGUCUCCGAUUACAGAGCAUGGACGAUAGCACCGUCUUCAAACGCCGAUCUUCUCUUCUAUCAAACUCAAGUAGCCGUCGUAGCCACACGCCGCAAGCUAGACCGACCUAUCUCUCCUCCUCUUCUUCUUCCAAUCGCCGAUCUGCUUUCUCAAGAAGCACAAGCCGUAAAGAUGAAGGAAGCAGCCACGGCGUCGGAAGAAACCACGUCGGUCUCAAAUCACGGCCUGUUUCGAACAACGCGAGCCCGAAAACAUCACCUUUCACAAGCCCGAGAGAGAAAGAGCAAACCUUGAGCGAUUUGUUUGGCCCUGUACAUGAACUAACGUCUCCUCCAAGCUCUAGCCCUAUAAACGGCGUGAAGUCGUCUCCUACGUCUUCGAUUUCGAAAAGCGUUAGCAAAAGAGAUAAAGACGAUAGAUCAAAAAGCGUUAGCAAAAGAGAUAAAGAUGAUAGAGGCUCAGAGACGUCGACUUCUGUGCCGUUCUCGAAGAGCACGAGCACUAGACAAUCGGUAAAGGAUGGGGUUGGGUCAAUGGGGAAGAGUAUAAGCCGGAGGAGCACAACGCCAAUCGUUUUCUCGCAGUCAACACCGCCGAAAAAACCUCCGGCUGUUGAGAAAAAGCUCGAGUGUACGUUGGAAGAACUCUGCCAUGGCGGAGUCAAGAACAUCAAGAUCACUAGGGACAUCAUCACCGAUGAAGGAUUGAUUAAGAAACAAGAAGAAACGUUAAGGGUGAACAUCAAACCGGGAUGGAAGAAAGGGACCAAGAUUACGUUCGAAGGAGUAGGGAACGAAAAACCGGGAUAUCUCCCGGAAGAUAUCACAUUCGUGGUCGAAGAAAAGAGACAUCCGUUGUUCAAAAGACGCGGAGAUGACAUUGAGAUUGCGGUCGAGAUUCCUCUUAUAAAGGCUUUAACGGGAUGCAAACUCUCGGUGCCACUAUUGAGCGGCGAUACAAUGUCGAUAUCUGUAGGAGAAGUGAUCUUCCAUGGAUACGAAAAGGCGAUUAGAGGUCAAGGUAUGCCAAAUGCUAAAGAAGAAGGUAAACGAGGGGAUUUGAGAAUAACGUAUUUAGUGAAUUUCCCGGAAAAAUUGAGCGAAGAACAACGGUCAAUGGCCUUUGAGGUUUUGAAAGAUUGUUCUUGGGCAUAA